GUAGAAGGAGAAGGAGCUGUAGCAGCUCAGAUGCCUGUUGACAAGUUUUUAGCCAGGGCUGGUGGACAGAGGACAUUGUCUAGGUUCCAGGACUCUCUGUGUGACUUCUUGGCUACUGGAAGCUCCAGAAGUCUUUGUGGUACAUCACUGGACUUCCCAGAUAGAGUACUGGUCUGUACAGAGGGGCCAGCAGGAAUGGAAGAGGCCAGCAGCCCCAGCUUUAGACAAGCCACCACUGUCGAAGGAAUGGUUUCCCCAGAGGAUCCUACACUCAGCAAAGAGGGGCUCAGUGCAAAGGGCCCGCCCCCAUCUCCAGUCCUGCCCCCUUUCCGAAGGAAAUGCAGGAAGUGUGGAAUCUGUCCCCAGGAGGAGGAAAAGUCAGGUUUUUCCCUGAGGUUUGGUCAAAGACCAGAUGGGGACCCUCCCGAGUGUGCUUCUCCAGAGGCCUUUGCAGGUCCCCCAAGGCUUCUUUCUUCUAAGGACACUGAGCCUGGAGAGCCAGGUGGAAGUUGGGUGGAAUGUGCUGUAGAAACCGAGGUUGAAAACAUGCUCUUUUCUAAGGAUGGGGUUGCGCCAGACAGCCUUGAUCACCUUUUUGAAUUCCCAGGGCUCUUUGGAGGCGAGCCCCUUAGUCUGGUCACCCAGGAGCCUCUUCAGAGUCCAGCACUGUACCCAGAGGUGCUGACUGAGGAUUCUACAGAUCAGCAGGAAGUACAGCCCGCGUUUGUGGUUGGCAGCCCUGGCACUCCACCUGACCCGGUGGGGCCAGAGGACAAGGCCCAGUCAGGGUCCAGGAUGGAGCUGGAACAAGGACUUUCUGCCCCAGCCAAUUCCUGUGCUAGCUCCCCAGAGCCCUUGGGUGGGCUCGAUGGUGCACCCCUAGAGCAGAGAAGACCUACACAUGUGAAGAAGCGGCCUUGGACAAGUCCAGAUGACUCAAGCCAGGAUCACGCAGAGGGAGCCAGUAAAAAGGAUUUUCCCAGACUGGAGGCGCGAGUGCCCCGGGGGGUGAAGACUGUAUACUAUGUCUACACUGGGUCAGGAAUCAGGCUUGUGGGAGCCGCCAGCAGCAGUCAGCCAGGACAAAUUGAACCUCUGGAGGAGUUGGACACCAACUCAGCCAGAAGGAAGAGAAGGCCCACAACUGCUCACCCUACCCCUUGUCAGAGUGAUCCUUCAGAAACUGAGAAUGCGGAACCUCAUCAGCAGAGGGCAGAGGACCCAGGCGAGCAGGGAAUGACACCUUUGGAUGCUGGAGUGCGAUCUACUGUGGUCCGUGCCAUGCAGGAGGUGCUGUGGACUCGUGCCCAGGAGCUUCCCGACCUGGCGUUGAGGGAAGAUGAGGUAGAGGCCAUCGCAGAGGGCAUUGAGGAGGCCCUCUUCCACCUGACGCAAGACACCAACCUCCGCUACAAGAACAAGUACCGCAGCCUGCUCUUCAACCUGCGAGAUCCCCGAAAUGUUGACCUGUUUCUCAAAGUGGCUCACUGUGACGUCACCCCUAACAACCUGGUACAGAUGAGCUCAAUCCAGCUGGCCCCCAAGGAGCUGUCCCGCUGGCGGGACCAGGAGGAGAGAAAGGGCCUGGACAUCAUUGAGCAACAACAGAAGGAACUGUACAGACUUCCGGCCUCCAAACUGACUCACAAGGGCGAGGUAGAGAUCCCACGGGACUUGGACCAGAUGCUGACUCUGGAAGACCUGAUGGAACCCAUAGUGCCCAGAGAGUGCAGCCUACAGCCCCUGUCGACCCCCCUGGAGGACACAACCAAUUGGCACCAGCACCACCAAUGUGACUCUAACUGUCAAAUCUGCACGGGUGGGGAGGAAGGCAGGAAGGCUGAUGAUGGUAGCCAGCCAGAGCUACAAGUGGACAUCAGCUACAACGUGGAUCGGAAAUCCUCAACUAAACUGCCAGCCUUCUCCGGGGUCAUCAUGAACAGGGAGGAAAACGCCAUCCAGAAAGCCCCAGGUCCAGCUCCUGCGUCCUCUCCAGAGGUGCUCAAAGUUGGGGAGACACCCCCUAAGGAGCCACAGGACAGGCUCCAGAUGCCUGCUGGGCUCAAAAAUGCCCCACCCAGCCCUCCACCCUGGGAGGGCUCACUGGACAUGUUCUCCAUCAAGCACUUCCGGGCCAAGGCCCAGCUGAUCUCGGGACACAGCUGUCAGCUUGUCCAGGCUCUCCCAGAUGUCAUCCGCUCAGCAGGCCGCCUCCCUCCAAGCCAUGUCUGGGAUCUUCUAGAUAGUAUGGGCCCAUCUAAGGCAAAGGACAUCUGUGUGAUCAGGCUGUGUCCCCACGGGUCUCGGGACAUCCAGAACUACCGUCUGCUUUACUCCUACCUCAACAACAAGCAGUGUCACUGCCUGGCCACUGUGCAGCAGGUGAAAAUGGUCCUGCUGCCCCUGCCUGCCUUUGAGCCUCUGCCAGCCAGGCUGCGCCCUCUGGGGGGCCCAGGCCUUGAAAUUACUCACACGAGCCUGUUACUAGCUGUACUAUUUCCUAAGGAUGCGCUUCCAGACACAGCUACGUCCAUCCCUGUGUCGAACAAGGUCCCAAAGACCGUGUCCUUCAGCAAAAGAGUGGAAAGGAUCCUCUACUCACCAGAGGAUAGGAGGUCAGAGGCCACCUCAUCUCCCCUUGAAGAGGACCCAAAGCAGAGCUUGGCCAGGGGCAGCUUGGCUCCAAGGAGUGUUUGUGCUCCACAGAGCUUCCCUAGAGGCAGGGGGAGGCAGGGACCUGGGUGGGGACAGUGGUCUCCAGAAGCAGCCUGGUGCUAUUCCCAGCAUCCCAGUUCAGCAGGUCCAGUGUUCCCUGGCAUUGGCCAAGGACAGCACCUCCACAGGGCCUCCUGUUUCCACCACGACCUUCUCCAGCACCUCAAGGUCUUAGUGACCAUGAGUCACCAGUUCCAGGCCUCACUGUGGCCCCAAAGCCAGGAUUCCCUCCCCCCAUCCACUGUAGUAUCUGCAGUUCCAGACCCCCCUGGACCUUCUUUGGGCCCCAUGGAUGGAGGUGGCUCUAACUGUCCCCCACCAGAGGGGUCAGACCCUUUAGAGCCACCAGAACAUGAGUGUUGAUUCCUUUACCGAUGCUGAAUCUGAGGAGGGGCGAGUGAGCUCUCCCACACCUGCCUAGUUUGUAUCUGUUCUGCAGUCUGUUUGAUGUUGAUUUUUGGUUCAAUAAAAACUUGGCAAAGUAA